AUCGAAAUCCCCGGUUUUCGCUACUGCUUUAGACAAGAUGGAAGUCACUCUCAGCCCCGCCGAUGCCACAGAUCUCCCCAUUCUUGCAGAGAUAAAUCGACUUGUAUAUAUGCGAGAGGCAAUCUCCAUGAUCGCCUUCAAAAAUUGGCCGGCUGAAACGAACAUGUUCAACUUUUUCCAGUCAAGGAUAAAGCAGCUUAUGGAAACUCCCAAUGCGCAUAUUUUCAAGGCGACUAGCAAAACGGGGGAGAUCGUAGGGUUUAUAUCUUGCACUCUUGCACAUGAGAAGGAUGGUGUGGAAGCUGGUGUGGAAGCUGGCGUGAAAGCACCUGCUCCUGAUCCCAAUGGUCCGACUUCGAAAGCCAUGGGACAGAUGGAAGAUAUUUUCAAUAUGGAGUUCAUCAAGGGCUGGGCCCCUGUGAUGGAGUCUAUGAAAGACCUCAUAAACGGUAUGAAACAUUAUUACUUGUCGACUUUUGUGGUGACACCAGAAUAUCAAGGCAAAGGCAUUGGAUCGAAGCUACUGAGACGCUGCCUUGAGAUUGCUGAUAAAGAUGGCUUGCCAACUUGGCUGAGUGCUUUACCUGGCUCUCAUAAUCUGUAUCUCAGGUUCGGCUUUGUGGAUGUAGAGCACAAAGAUGUUGAUCUCAACAAGUGGGAUCAUCAUAGAUUCAGGGGAUUCGGUAUAUAUCGACAACAUUCCAUGAUGCGGCAACCAAAAUAGUGACAGGAAGGUCCUGAGGUUGCUGGGAUGGCUAGUGAGCAUUGUACGUACAGACUUGACUCUGAGUGUUGCCUACUGUAUUCGAGGGAACAACAAGAAAGCAUAUGUAGUCAGCAACUCCUAGCCAACAAGGACAACCGGUUGAAUGCACUGGGAAGCCUGAAGGCCCCUCUUGCAACUGCGCAGCUUGUCUUGUCCUUUUCUACUGCUGCUUCUUACCUUCGAGCCUACUUGACUCUUGAAGGAUUGC